AUGAGUGACGAUGAUGAUAUCGACUUUACAUCGACCAAUCAAAGUUCUAGAAAUUUGGCUUCGCUUUUUCAUGGCAGUGAAACAGCAGCAGCACCAACUGUUGCGUAUGUUCCACCUAAACAGCCUAAAAAAGAUUCUCCACCGAAGGUCAUGACAGCAACUGCUGUUCAAGCAUUUUCAUUUGGUGCCGAUCAAAAAUGGACACCACGAGGAAAAAUGGGUGUUGCUAUUAUAUCAACGGAUAAUACUAUAUUUCAACUUAUUCUAUAUUUGACAAAGACUCAACAUAUUACAUCGGCUCGUAUAAAUACUACAUCGGUUUUUACAUGUCAAGCAAAUAAUUAUUUAGCAUUUCAAGAUGAUGGUGGUCAAAAUUGGUCAAUUAUGUUUGAAAGCAAACAAGCACUUACUGAUUUUGUUUUACAAAUUGUUGUGGCAAAAGCUUAUUUAUUUUUAUUUAAGUUUGAUCAUAUUAUACAGGAUGUUCGAGAAGGUGAAGGUUCAGCUUUAGUCGAUCAUGAUAGUGUAGAAAUAACAGUUAAUCAAUAUAAGUUACUUGAAAAUGGAACAGUUUCAUCAAUUGAUGCCGGAGAAAAUAAGCCAGUAAGAUUUAAAAUUGGUAAACAACAAAAUGGCAAAGCAUUUGAUGAAUCACUUCGUGGAAUGAAAAAAAAUGGUCAACGUAUCACAAUGAUUGGAACAGCACUUUACAAUAUAGAAGUUACUCGUAUCAAACGGGAAAAAGAUACACGUACUGGUUCAAUUACAAUGCCAAUAGAAGAACAAACACCAAAUGAACGAAAACGUACAAUUACAGAAGAGAAUGAGUCUAAUAAUGAAAAAACUAAAAUGUUACAACGUAUUAAUAAAAUGGGUGGAGUUUCAAUGCUUCCUAAUGCAAAUCAAACAAGUGCAUUUGCUACUCCACUUCCACCGCAAUUACCAUCAUUAAGUGAUGAUGAUUCAAUUAAUAAUGAAUUAAUACAAAAUGUUGUAUCAACAAGACCUGUUCCAACAGCAACAGCACUACCACCACCAGUUCAAUUUGUACCGCCUACAUAUCAUCCUCAUCCUCAUAUUCAUCAGUCACCACCUCAACCUUUAAUUCAACAACCAACUUUAUAUUCAGCUCAACAACCAUUACAUGAUUAUAAUAGUCGACCUGGUUCAUCAAUGAGUGGAAUGGCUUAUCAACAAGUAUCAAUGUGGCCUCCUUCACAAUAUCCUCAGAAUACGCCUAGUGUAACACCAACGGAUGCGUUUUAUCAACAACAAUACUUUUCAAGUGAUUUUCGUCAAUUAUUUCAUCGACUAACUGAAAAAGUCGAUAUGUUAAAUGAAAAAUUUGAUACUAAAAAUUCAACAUCAUAUCCAAAUAUGGAAACAAGUAUUCUUCUUACAAAUAUUCAACGAAUUAUUAAAGAAAAUGAUAAUAUGAAAAAAGAUUUAUUCGAUCGUAGUGCAAAAAUUGAAGAACUUAAUCUUAAAAUAUCUGAAUUACUUGAUAGAAAUCAAAAAUUGAUUGAACAAACAUAUCAAACGGCUGAACAACGAAAUGUUGUUGUUAAUAAUGUAUCCGAACAAACUGCACAAAAAAUUCUUGAUUUAGAAAAACAAAAAGUUGAAUUAACAAAUAAUUUAAGUAUAUCAACAAGUAGAAUAGCUGAUUUACAAUUACAGAUAAAUAAAUAUACACAAGAUACUAAUGAUAAUCAAUCACGUUUGAAUACAUUAAUGCAUCAAUGUGAACAAUAUAAAAACGAUUUAGAAAAAUCUGAAAGUCAACGUUUAGAAAUUCAAAUGAAAUUCGAUUCAAUUCAAGAACAAUUAAAAAAUGAAAAAACUAUUAAAAAACAGAUACAAACCCGUUUGAAUACACUUGAAGAAGAAUUAGCUGAAACUAAAGUUACUUGUACUAAUUUAGAAAAGAUACACAAUGAACGAAAAACAAAAUUUGAAAAUGAACGUAAACGAUGGCAAGAUGAAAUCGAAGAACAAAAACAAUCAUAUGAAAAAGAAUUAGAUGAAUUACGAAAGAAAUUACGUAAACAACGAACAGCUGAUAGUUUAACCAAUAAUCAAGAAAUUAACCGAAUGGAACAAGAUUUAGAACGUGAAUGGCAAGAAAAAUUUGAUCGACAACAAGCACAACACGAACGUAUAUUAACUUUAAAAGGAAAAGAAUUAGAACAAUUAAAAACAUCUUUCGAUCAAAAUGAAAUUAAAUUACAACAAGUAAAUGAAGACUUGAAAGAAUCCCAACAACAAAUUGAAGCUUAUCAAGAACGAUGUGAAAAACUUCAAGAACGUAUUUUAUUAAUGAAAGAAAAAUUAAUCGAAAUCAAUGAUGAACAACCACAAUUAAUCAAUGAACAAGUUAAACAUACAAUUAAUAUUAUAUUUCAACGUUUAAAAGCUCGUAUUCGACCAACAAAACAAUAUACUGGUGAACAAUUUCUUACACGUUCACUUGAAAUUAUUAAAAAAGCAACAUUAAAAGUUUUAUCAAGUAAUGAUGAUGAACAAAAUGAACAUUCAACAGAUGAUGUUGAAUCAGAUGAUGAAAAUGAACAAAUUCAAACAACAGUUGAUAUUCAGAAAAAUGAUCAACCAUUAAAUGGAAAUUCUGUUGAUCAAAAUACGUUAAAUGAAGAAGUUUCAUCAAUAGCAAUAAAUCAAAAUGAAGAUAAUAAUUCGAAUCAAUCGGAAACAACACCACCAUUAAUAAAAAGUCAAAAAAAUGGUUGGGAUACUGUGGAUGAUAUUCAACUGGAUUCAAAAACUCAAUCUGAAACACUUGAACAAAGUCAAAUUGUUAUAGUUGCUGAAGAUACAACGACAUCAGCAGUGAAUGAAACUGAAACAACAUUAUCAAAUCCUUUGAUUGAGAAUAAUGAACCAGCGCCUUCUCCUGAAACUGUCAACGAAGAACAUGCUGCUGAUGGUACAAACGAAGAAAUUGAAAAGAAUGACAAAGAGCUACCACCGGAAUUGAAUACACAGGAAGAGAAAAAUUUAAGUGAUGAUGAAAAUGCCGGCGAAAUAUUUCAAUCAGCUCGUCCAUCUGCUCAAGACACUGUUUCAGCAUCAACUUUUACACAACCAUCAGCACCUUCAAAAUAUACAUUCAAUGAAAGCAUUCCAUUGAUGGCAAAUUCUGAUGAUCCCGAAGAUGAUAUUUUUAACUAA